AUGCACGACGAGCAACACCGUCCAUCAAUGCAGAUAUGCAAAUGUUUAGAACAACGAAGUCCAAAAUCCGGGCAGUCAUCGUCGCUUUCACAGGUUUUUCCUGGACGUAAACCAAGUGGGCAACUAUUGGGUAUGCCAGAUCGACGCCAACAGAAAACCAUUGAUGUCAGCCAGGCUUUAUGUUUGGAUGUACAGCCAUCAAAAUGA